GACACUCUUUUCGGCGAGGCCUAAGGCUGGUGUGUCUCUGUGCUACAGAAGACAACAGAUUUCGCCACGAUGGUUGCUCAAAAGAAGACGAAGAAGACCUUGGAGUCUAUCAACUCUCGUUUGGCUCUCGUCAUGAAGUCCGGCAAAUACGUCCUGGGACACAAACAGACCUUGAAGACACUCCGUCAGGGCAAAGCAAAAUUAGUGAUUAUUGCCAACAACACACCUCCUCUCAGGAAGUCUGAGAUCGAGUACUACGCUAUGCUUGCUAAGACUGGUGUCCACCAUUAUAACGGCAACAAUAUCGAGCUCGGUACCGCAUGCGGAAAGUACUUCCGCGUAUGUACGCUCAGCAUCACCGAUCCCGGAGACUCUGAUAUCGUUAAGGCAGUGCCUCAGGACCAAUAAAAUGUGUGCUCUUGAUGCGACCAA